CUUAAACCGUGGCCCAACCUUGCAAUAGAAGUUGCCUCCUCGGAAUCUGAAGCACAUUUAUUAAACGCUGUAAAAAAUUAUUGGCUCUGUCCAGGUAGAGCUCAUGAUGCAAUUGCAGUAAAAUUAAUGCGAUCUGAUAAAAUUAUUUCAAAAUUGAAAGUAUGGCAUUUUUGCACAGAUAAAAGAACACAGAGUGGGGAAUUAAUACCUGUUUCGGAAUUUGUAUCCGAAACCAUUGAUGAUAAAGAUCAAAUUCUUAUUCAGCCUCAACAACAUUUUAUUAACCUUAAAAGAAAAUGUCUCUUUCAUGGAAUGCCACCAACUUUUCAAACACCUACAUCGAUACCCGAUCCUCUUACCGUAGAUUUUUAUGAGGUCAUAUGUGAAAUGUUACAAUUAAAUGAACUUAGAAUUUCAUAA